GCUGAAUGCGCCUUCCGAAUUUUAGAGGCAGCUACACCAGACCACAGAUUAUCGUCGCCCCUUGGCGCAUCAAGCCUACAAACCCAGCAUCAUGUCUUUCAAUGGCCCCGUUGACGAAAACUUCCCGACACCUGCCGCAGCAGACAAAUCCACCGUGUCGCAUGUUCAGAAAGGCUUCAAGAUCAGUGCACGCAAGCUUCCCAUUUCGAAGUCAGGACCAAUCGAUGAGAUGUCGAAGAAGCUGGGCAUUCCCGUCCCUGAAAUGAUCUUUGGAGAUAAUAUGGUCUCGAUCGAGCACAUGGCUAGCGGAUGGCGGCUCGAGUUCAAUGCAUUUGAUGCGCUAGACCGGGUCGACAAGACAGACAAGAAUAUGUUGAAGGUUGCAUAUUCACAAGAGUGGUCAAGCAGCAGGGAAAAGACCCACGAGGGUAUCAAGGAGGUCGUAAAGCCGUUCGACUGGUCAUACACAACAGAUUACAAGGGGAAUGUCACGAAAGGAAAACCAUUCGAAGUUGGCCCAGAGCUUAUUCCAAUCGAACUACUCAAGCGUCCAGAUCCGAUACUGUUCUUCGAAGAAGUUGUGCUCUUUGAAAGCGAGCUUGAUGAUAAUGGUAUUUCAAUCUUGUCUUGCAAGUUGCGGGUAAUGCCAGACAGGAUGCUGUUGUUGUGCCGACAAUUCAUGAGACUCGAUAAUGUACUUAUCAGGAUCCGAGAUACCAGGAUCUACGUGGAUUUCAACCAUGGCAAGGUUAUCAGAGACUACACAGAAAGAGAGGAUGGCUUCGACAAGGUGAAGAAGAGCCUGUUGUUUUCCGGCAGACUCCCCGGCGAUCUUACAGUUGCGCUGCGGGAUCCCAAUCAGAUCGUUAACCUGUUACCGGAAGUUAAACAUACGCUAGAGAACUUGGCACUGCCUUGAGACUGGUUUUCUUUCCUUGACGUUGCAUAGCGCUGGAGUUAGCUGCAUUAUUGGCGCUACGUGGGACAUUUAAUGACUGCCUCGGCUUGGCCAUUUCACAGCAUGCUGAGAGCAUCAAGAGAAUCAAAAGCAAUUUCUACUCGAUCUUCUCAAGAGAGUUCAUGGCUCUUCUCGUCACUGUAUAUCGGCUAUUCAUGAAAUAUUCGAUCACCUCGCGACUAAUUAGUUCAUCACUGGAUACACCGCUGACAAGGCACUCGAUUAGGGGAGGGCAGCUUCGCAUUCACUGGACACGUUGAAAAUAUGUUUUGAAGCGCUAACCGAUUGCCAUGUCAAUUUGCACACCG